CUCUGUGCCUCGGGGCUAAGGGGGGGCCCGCAGUGCUGGAGUGCCCCCACCCUCGGGGUGGGCUUCGGGAUGUGCAGGGGGAGCCCGUAUCCUGCAAGCUGCAGCCCCCACUGAUGCUGCAGCAUCCCUGUGGGGCUGGGGGCUGCUCAGCUGGGAGUGAGCGGCCCCUUCUUCCCAUUUGCGCUUUAGGGGCAGGGAUCCGGCUGCACCUCCUCUUCCUCAUCCCGCGUAGGGCGGUAACAGAGCCGGGGCGCAGCCCGGCGGGAGGCACUGCCCGAGGUGGAGGAAGAGGAGGAGGAGGAGGAGGGAGGGCCAGGACUCCGCAGCUCCGCUCAGACACACCAUGAGCGGAGCAGGGGGCAACGGGAUUCCCCCGGCGUCCCUGCAGGACUAUGAGAUGGCCGGAAAGGUGAUGUUGCUCGGAGACUCAGGCGUGGGGAAAACCUGCUUCCUGCUCCAGUUCAAAGACAGAGCCUUUCUCUCCGGGACGUUCAUAGCCACUGUGGGCAUAGAUUUCCGGAACAAGGUGGUGGCUGUGGAUGGGGUGAAGGUGAAGCUGCAGAUCUGGGACACAGCAGGACAGGAGCGGUUCCGCAGUGUGACCCACGCCUACUACAGGGAUGCCCAAGCCCUACUCCUGCUCUAUGACAUCACCAGCAAAAUGUCCUUCGACAAUAUCCGUGCCUGGCUGACAGAGAUCCACGAGUAUGCCCAGAAGGACGUGGUCAUCAUGCUGCUGGGCAAUAAGGCCGACGUGAGCAGUGAGAGGAUGGUGAGGACAGAGGAUGGAGCCUCACUGGCCAGGGAAUAUGGGGUGCCCUUCAUGGAGACGAGCGCCAAGACCGGCAUGAACGUGGAGCUGGCCUUCCUGGCCAUUGCCCGGGAGCUGAAGCAGAGAGCGAUGCAGCUACCGGACGAGCCUCGCUUCCAGAUCCAUGACUACAUCGAGGCACAGCAGAAGAGAUCCGGCUGCUGUGCCUUCGUUUGAUGGGGAUGGGCAAAGAGCGGCUGCCCCCGGCACGGCGUGCUGGGAGGAGCAGGGCUGAAUCCUGCCCACCAUGGAACAGAGGGUCACGGCUCUGUUCCUGCAGGGCUCUGAGCAGGAUCGGAUCCCGUUGCUUGUGGGACUGUGCCAGGAUCAUCCCGAGUGCCCCAACUGCGCUGUCAACAUCAGCCCAGCCAGAGAGUCACGGCGAUGCCACCACUGCCCCAGCAGGACGCAGGGUGCAGACCCAGCGCCUGGCUCCUCCCCUGCGGUGCACUCCAUGCUGCACUCCUCCACCUGCACAGGCCUGGAUCCGGCCCCGCUGCCCUGCAGAGCCGCUGGCCCUGAGUGGUGCCCCUCACCACCACGUGCUGGGGUGUCCCAGCCCGUCUGCCCCGCUGCAGUUGGCACCACACAUGCGGACACCCUUGGAGCACCCGGUGACCUCUGAGGGUACUUCCAGUACACGCAGCACUUUGGAAAAGCUUUGUUUUCCCCCUCUUGCAGCUGCAGAAAUUGGAAGCUUUUCUAUUGUUAUUUACUUCUCUUUGAGGGAAAAGCUUUUUUCUUUCCGGGUGGGGCUGAAGCAGCCCACAGCAUCACACCCUCGGGCACUGUGCUGCAUAGGGCACAUAGGGCACAGAGGCAGGGAAUAUUUGGGUGUGCUGCUCAGGAUGCCAAGGGCAGCUGCAGAGGGCACAACUCUGAUACACUUGGGGUCGAUUGGGCACAUCCAUCCCCAUCAGGACCCUCCCUGCCCCGGAGCCCCCUUCACCCCUGCGCUUCCCUUGGGUCUUUCUUUGCAAAUAUACGGAUUAAAGCUGGAUAUUUUCAAAGCUUUGCAUCUGCCUGGUUUUUC